AUGUGCGGCAUUCUCGCAGUCAUUCUUGCCUCGACAUCGGCAGAUGCGGCACCCGAGCUUCACCAGGCCCUCUACUAUCUCCAGCAUCGAGGACAAGAUGCCUGCGGAAUAGCCACGUGCUCCAAGGGUGGAAAGAUCUACCAAUGCAAGGGCAAUGGCUUGGCCUCCAAGGUGUUCCAGGACGGAAAGAGAGUUGCAGACUUGCCCGGCUACAUGGGCCUGGGGCAUUUGAGAUACCCAACCGCUGGCAGCAGUGCCAAUGCUGAAGCCCAGCCGUUCUACGUUAAUUCUCCGUAUGGCAUCUGCUUCACGCACAACGGCAACCUGAUCAAUGCGCCGGAAUUGAAGGAAUAUCUCGACCAGACUGCACACCGGCAUAUCAACACCGAGUCUGACAGCGAGCUCAUGCUCAACAUCUUCGCCGACCAGCUCAAUGAGACAGGCAAGGCGCGGAUCAACGCCAAUGACUGCUUUCGUGCUCUCGAGGGCAUGUACCAGAAAUGCAAGGGCGGCUGGGCCUGCACGGCUUUGCUCGCUGGAUUUGGCUUGAUCGGCUUCAGGGACGCAUACGGCAUCCGGCCUAUGGUCCUUGGAGAGAGGGACUCCAUUGACGUGGAGGGCGGCAAGGACUACAUGAUGGCCUCCGAAUCCGUUGCGCUCAGUCAAAACGGAUACAGCAAGAUACGUGACAUCAAACCUGGCGAGGCCGUGAUCAUCGAAAAGGAGAAGGCACCACAGUUCCACCAAGUUUGCGAGCCUCGGGAUUACGCGCCCGACAUCUUCGAAUACGUGUACUUUGCGCGACCCGAAAGCAUCAUCGACGGCAUCUCUGUCUACCGAAGUCGACAGCUGAUGGGAUAUCGACUUGCCGAGACGAUCAAAAAGGCGCUUGGACCUGAUCAGCUCAAGGAAAUCGAUUCGGUUAUUCCCAUCCCCGAAACAUCCUUGGUCUCUGCAUACGCGGUCAGUAAGCACCUCAAGAUCCCUUACUGUCAAGGCUUUGUGAAGAAUCGGUACAUCUUCCGUACCUUCAUCAUGCCUUCUCAGCGAGCUAGGCAACGUGGCGUCCGUGCCAAGCUUAACGCGAUCCCGAUUGAAUUCAAAGACAAGAAUGUGCUACUCGUCGACGACAGUAUCGUGCGUGGUACAACUUCACGCGAGAUUGUGCAGAUGGCCCGGGAGGCGGGCGCGAAGAAGGUGUUCUUCAGUAGCUGUGCACCUCCCAUUACGCAUUCGCACAUCUACGGCAUCGAUCUCGCCAGCAGGACCGAGCUGGUCGCACAUGGUCGCACAGCAGCAGACAUUGCAGAACACAUUGGAGCUGAAGGUGUCAUCUAUCAAGACCUGGAAGAUCUGACUUCUGCCUGCGCUCAAGACAGCCCUCGUGAUCCGGCAACCCAGCGCUUCGAAGUCGGCGUCUUCUGUGGCAAGUACGUGACGCCCGUCGAUGAGCAAUACUUCAAACACCUGGAACAGAUCCGCGGCGAGACAAAGAAGAUGAAGGUCAAGGAAAAGGCUGUACAAGCCGUCGCUGCUGGUACUGCCGGGCCCAAGGAAUUGAAGAUGGCCGUGAACGGCGUCGACGUCGACGACCACGGAGAAGUCGUUGCUAGGGACAGCGGCUCGGAUGGCGAGGGUCGGAUGCCCAAGCGGGAGCGGGUCGACCGAUUGUCGAGGGGCAACAGCUUCGUCGAUCAGAGACGUCCCAAUGGUAUGGAGGCGGAGAAGCGCGAUAGCCAAGAUAUCGCACUGCAUAACCUCAACGACCACGACGGCCAUUCAUGA